GGAAAUAUUGUGCCUCCUAUGACCAACUUGUUGAAUGCACACAGAUUUGCAAAUCGUUCCCCACUUUCGUUUUUCUCUCCCAGUCCAUGUCGUCCCAUGAUAUCUUCAUAUUCGGUGUUGUCUAUUUCGACUUUGACGUUUAGAUCUCCCAUCAGAAUGAUGAGGUCCUUUCUUGGGAACUUCUCUAUGCUUGAUUGCAACCUCGCAUAGAAUUGAUCUUUAAUGUCGUCGUUGCUAUCAUUGGUGGGUGCAUAACAUUGGAUAAUAUUCUUUAAGAUCCCCUCCUUCUUUGUUUUGAAUGAUGCUUUGAUGAUUCUGGAUCCGUGAGAUUCCCAUCCUACAAGUGCAUUUCGUGCUACUUUGGACAGCAUACGAGCGUUUCCCUGAGUGUGUGGAGCAUUUUCCUCUUCGUGACCGGGGUAUAGCAGCAUCUCUCCCGUAGCUAGCCUUUUCUGUCCAGCUUGGAUUCAGUGGGUUUCGCUGAUUCCCAGUACUGCCAAGUUGUAUCUCCUCAUUUCUGUUGCUAUUUGACUGGACUUCCCGGUCUCUCACAUUGUUCGGAGGUUCCAUGUACCUAUAAAAUUUUUGCUCUGGUUAUGAGAACGGGCAUCGGCCUCGUGGCUUUCGAAGGGCAGAGUUAACAUGAUUUGAAUUAUUUUUCCGGUAAGCGUUUUUUAGCGAGUUAGUUUUCUACGGGAUGGGGAUGCUAACCCCAUGCCCAACCCUCCUCCUUUAUCCGGGCUUGGGACUGGCAGUAACUCUAGAAGAGCUACAGGCAGAUUACCAAUAAGAGAGAAGAUGAUCAAUUAAGGUCGUAAAUAUCAACUGGAAGAUUCAAGUAAAACUAUAACAAGUGAAUUAAAACUUCACCUCAUUGUACAAGCAACUGACUAUCAGAACUCAGUAGAUAAGUGGAUAACGCGAUAAUGUUUGAAGCGAACGAUACUGAGUUUAAUUAACGGGUUGAACAUCAACUCUGAGAUGGAGGUACGUCCAGAUGACCAGUCCUGAAUAGAACAAAACGCGCGUCCUAGAUUCCAGUACUAGCCACUAUACAUCUUUUCUUAAAUAUUGUCUAUUCUAUUUAUAAACUGUACUCUUAUUCUUAACAAAGUGUGCCGCAGCAUAUAUGAAUGUACAUAUUUCGUCUACACCAUAAUAUUCAUUCUCAUUUACAGUCUGGUUGUAUGGCGUUAGCAUUAGGAAUUUGGUAUAUGCAAUUAUAUGUUCUUCUAAAAAUUGCAGCUUUUGGAAUUAGUCUGGUGUUAUUCAUAUGUGCAGUGUUGAUUGGUGCAGCGAUUAAAACAAAUUUGGCGGACCAAAUAAAAAGUAUUCUAAUAUCUAUUACAUCGAUAUUUAUUACGUUUAUAUUAGCUGCAAUUGCAUUGGUCUUUUCAGGAAUCAAGGUAAUAGCUCUGGCUUUCUAUAUAGCUGCAGUAACAUUUUCAUUCAUUAUCACAAUAUUUGUCAGUUAUAUAACUAUUGGCAAAUUAAGAUGUCUUAUCUUUUAUCCAAAUUAUUCAUUAGCAUCUAUAUUAUUAUAUACUGUAUUCUUUAAUACCUUAGCAAUUAUGAUUGAUGUAAUUAAUAUUUGCUCUCGACUACUAUUUAAUUUUCCAUUUUAA